AUGGUUGCCUCCCUAAUUGAGCGCCGGGCGAAGGAUGUGGAGCGGUUUCUGCGUGUUCCCCACGCGAAGGACUGCAGCAGUCGGUUGCAGCGAAGCGGGGACAUUUUGCUCUCCAAGGAGGACCGAAAGGAGAUCGGAAGAUGGGCGUACCCGAGAAUAGACAUCGCAAGAUACGUCCUGCUGGAGGACUUUCAAGAGAAAAACAGAAGAAGAAAAGAGCUCCUGCAAACGGUCGAGAGGAAAUUAAAGAGAAGACAGGAAAUACAAAAGGAAAGGUACAAGUAGAGAUUAAUCUGGUUCUUUACUUAGAUAGAAGUACACCUGCGCCUGCCUACCUAGUUGGUUACUACUGCGUCACCGUUUUGUGCAGUUCUUUUUGUAGAUAAACCCUCCAAGAAUAAAAAAAUAUGCAACCCCAUCUUCACCCAGGUCUCGGCAGCGUGUCCGCGGUCUGGGCGUGGAGCCGAAGCGGAACCCGCCCGAGCCGUGGGAGCCGUACUACGACAUCAGCAAGCGCGACGCCUGGCUCUACGACCGAAAAUUUGCGGCCAUGGCUAGCACGAGGUCGCCACGAAAGCCGCAGCCGACGGUGGACUUGGAUUUUCGGAAAGGCAUACGGCCAAGGACGACCCCCGCGCCGAAUUUACCGAGGUACACGGACUUGUCUCUCGACUGGGGUCCGGGUAGGUCAGUGUUGGAACGGAUAUCGCGGUCCUCUUCGCCGGACAGGUGGCAACAGAGUCCACGAUACGACCACAUUCCGGAGCCAAAGAAGGAGUACGAACGGGAACCGAUUCCGCGGAAAUUUCUGUGGACCAAGGAGCAAGCGCUGGUCGGGAGAUUAGCCUCCUGGACCGCGGAUGAGGCGAGAGAGUAUAGACUAGCUUGUUGAGUAGAGUUCGCUGAUGUUUUUCUUUUUUGAUUGCUUUUCUACGGUUCCUACGUAUGUUUUUUGCGUUUGCAUUUGAUUCCAUAAGUGUAAAACAUCAGCUUCUGGCGAUCUUGGGUAGACCAAAGUGCAAUGGCGAAGGAAGGCGUGAGCAAGGCCGGGAAGAAAGAUGCGCUUGCGCGGGCGAAGGCGCAGCGGGAGAAGUACGGGGGAUUGACGAUAGAAAAAGCCCAGAUCGUAGUGAAGUCCUUGAGUAGCAGACCAGAGGAGAAACUAAGUUCCCAGGAGAUCGAGUUGCUGGGACGAGGUACAGGACAUCGAUUGAUGUCGUGGUGGCUUGCUUUUUUUUGCUUCAUUUACGCGAUGAAUUCACUACAGAUUCAAUUCCUCUGUCGACUGGAGCUGCAUGGCAACAAGUUGAAAAAACGCGAAUACAAUACAGCGAAACAAUUCCUGUCCGACCAGAAGGGCGGUAGCUCGUUCGGGGAGGACAUUGACGACGGGUUGCCGAAAGCCUGGGACGACCGGUGUUGCACGCGCGUCGCAAGUCUGGGGAACGCGGAGCGGCACAAGAGCAAACGGUCCCUGUUUCUGAACUACAGCGUCCAGCCGGAGAAAUACAUGGACAAGAUGCUCGGGACGCUGAUACGGGACGACUUGCGGUUGACGGAGGAGGAGCAGGCGGAAAAGAACGAUUUUUUGAAGAAAACGGGCUUAGCAGCGGCGAAGAAAGCGGAACGGGAGGCAGCGAAGUCCGCGAAUAAGGGCAAGUGA